CUGCCCCGCCAUGCGGCCUGCAAGUGCCUGGCAGUGGAGCCCGCUGGGACUGUGGCUGUACCUGCUGUACAGCUCGUGUCUGGGCUCUCCGACCCCAUCCACGGCCCCCGUGAAGAGGGCUGGGAGCCAGGGGCUGCGCUUCCGGCUGGCGGGCUUCCCCAGGAAGCCCUUCGAGGGCAGAGUGGAGAUACAGCGAGCUGGGGAAUGGGGCACAAUUUGUGACGAUGAUUUCACACUGCAGUCUGCCCAUAUCCUCUGCCGGGAGCUGGGCUUCACAGAAGCGACAGGCUGGACCCACAGUGCCAAAUACGGCCCUGGAACAGGCAGAAUCUGGCUGGACAACCUUAGCUGCAGUGGGACUGAGCAGAGUGUGACUGAAUGUGCCUCCCGGGGUUGGGGGAACAGUGACUGUACCCACGAUGAGGACGCAGGGGUCAUCUGCAAGGACCAGCGGCUCCCUGGCUUCUCGGACUCCAACGUCAUUGAGGUGGAGCAGCAGCUGCAGGUGGAGGAGGUGCGACUGCGGCCGGCGGUGGGGCGCGGCCGACGGCCGCUGCCCGUCACCGAGGGGCUCGUGGAAGUGAGGCUCCCCGACGGCUGGUCCCAAGUGUGCGACAAGGGCUGGAGCGCCCACAACAGCCACGUGGUGUGCGGGAUGCUGGGCUUCCCCAGCGAGAAGAGGGUCAACGCGGCCUUCUACAGAAAGUUGAGGAAGCGUGCAGCCAAAGCCUCGGCCCGGCGCCCCAAGUCCCUUGGAAGACCAGUCAAGGAGCUUAAAGUCAAACCCAAAGCCCAAGCGGGCAGGGGGCCAGAGAAGAGACUGCUGGCGCAGCGGCAGCAACACUCGUUUGGUCUGCAUGGGGUGGCGUGCGUGGGCACCGAGGUCCACCUCUCCCUCUGCUCCCUGGAGUUCUAUCGUGCCAAUGACACGGCCAGAUGCCCUGGGGGGGCCCCUGCGGUGGUGAGCUGUGUGCCAGGCCCUCUCUACGCAGUGGCCAGUGGCCAGAAGAAGCUGCAGCAGCCGAAGCCUCACGGGGAGGCCCGCGUGCGGCUGAAGGGGGGCGCGCACCCCGGAGAGGGCCGAGUGGAGGUCCUGAAGGCCGGCACGUGGGGCACCGUGUGUGACCGCAAGUGGGACCUGCAGGCGGCCAGCGUGGUGUGUCGGGAGCUGGGCUUCGGGAGUGCGCGAGAGGCUCUGAGUGGGGCCCGCAUGGGGCAGGGGAUGGGCGCCAUUCAUCUGAGCGACGUCCGCUGCUCGGGCCUGGAGUCCUCCCUCUGGAAGUGUCAGCACAAGAACAUCACGGCAGAGGACUGCGCCCACAGCCAGGACGCUGCGCUCCGGUGCCACCUGCCCUACAUCGGGGUCGAGACCAAGAUCCGACUCAGCGGGGGCCGCAGUCGCUACGAGGGGCGCGUGGAGGUGCAAGUAGGGGGGCCUGGGCCGGCCCGCUGGGGCCUCAUCUGCGGAGAUGACUGGGGGACGCUGGAGGCCAUGGUGGCCUGCAGGCAGCUGGGCCUGGGCUAUGCCAACCACGGGCUCCAGGAGACCUGGUACUGGGACUCCGGGAAUGUAACGGAGGUGGUCAUGAGCGGCGUGCGCUGCUCAGGGACCGAGCUGUCCCUGGACCAGUGUGCUCAUCACGCCACCCCUAUCACCUGCAAGAGGACAGGGACCCGUUUCACUGCUGGGGUCAUCUGCUCUGAGACGGCGUCGGACCUGCUGCUGCACUCAGCACUGGUGCAGGAGACGGCCUACAUCGAGGACCGGCCGCUGCACAUGCUCUAUUGUGCCGCUGAGGAGAACUGCCUGGCCAGCUCUGCCCGCCACGCCAACUGGCCUUACGGCCACCGGCGUCUGCUCCGCUUCUCCUCCCAGAUCCACAACCUGGGGCGCGCUGACUUCAGGCCCAAGGCGGGGCGCCACUCCUGGGUGUGGCACGAGUGUCACGGGCAUUACCACAGCAUGGACAUCUUCACGCACUACGACAUCCUCACCCCCAACGGCACCAAGGUGGCCGAGGGCCACAAGGCCAGCUUCUGUCUAGAAGACACCGAGUGUCAGGAGGAUGUCUCCAAGAGGUACGAAUGCGCCAACUUUGGCGAGCAGGGCAUCACCGUGGGCUGCUGGGAUCUCUACCGGCACGACAUCGACUGCCAGUGGAUCGACAUCACAGACGUGAAGCCUGGUAACUACAUUCUGCAGGUGGUCAUCAACCCCAAUUUCGAAGUAGCAGAGAGUGACUUUACCAAUAACGCAAUGAAAUGUAACUGCAAGUAUGACGGACAUCGCAUCUGGGUGCACAACUGCCACAUUGGCGACGCUUUCAGUGAGGAGGCCAACAGGAGGUUUGAGCGCUACCCUGGGCAGACCAGCAACCAGAUCGUCUGAGGUGCUACCGCCCUCCUCCACCAACCACCACUGGCCCCUCGUGGCAGGGGCCCGAGGCUGCCAUUACCUCAGGAGCUUACCAAGGAAGCCAGACGCCCUCGGGCCCACCGCACUCAUUCGUGCACUGCGGGCACAGAACUGUCAGCAGAAGUUACCACCCUCCUUCCUAGGUUGGCUGUCUGGAGCCCCGGCCAAGCCUGACCCAAAGAGACCACCAAGAGAGCCCCUG